AUGGCGACAAGCACCUCUUCUGCCCCCUCCAGCUCUGCUGGUCUAAAGUCUCAGUCCAAGUCCUUCCUUCAGGACUUUCUUAUGGGUGGAAUCGCAGGAGGCAUCUCCAAGACAGUCGUGGCGCCUAUCGAGCGAGUAAAGCUCCUUCUGCAGCUACAAGAUGCAAGCACACAGAUCGGCCACCAAGCGGGGCAACUGAAAAAAUAUGACGGGCUCACAGACUGCUUUGUACGAGUGUACCGGGAGCAAGGCGUCCUCUCCUUUUGGCGAGGCAACUGGGCAAACGUCGUCCGGUACUUUCCCACGCAAGCGCUGAAUUUCGCCUGCAAGGAGAAGUACCAGAAAAUGUUCGUCAAAGAUGAUCCAAAGAAGAACUUUUGGAAGUUCUUCGCGCAGAUGCUCGCUGCGGGAGGUGCUGCGGGCGCCACUUCUCUGGCUUUUGUUUACCCCCUCGACUUCGCAAGGACUCGGCUGGGAGCCGAUGUCGGCAAGGUGGAGGCUGAGCGGCAGUUCACCGGGCUGAACGAUUGCAUCCGGAAAAUCUACAAAGGGUCUGGCAUCCCGGGCUUGUAUAGCGGCUUUCUCGUCUCAGUCGCGGGCAUCAUCGUCUAUAGGGCUGCAUUUUUCGGUCUCUACGACACGGCCAAAGCCAUGCUGCCGGCCCACGAGAAGACAAACCGACCGCUGCUGCGGAACUUCUCCAUCGGCCUGGCAGUGGAGACUGCUGCCGGCGUGAUUGCGUACCCGCUCGACACCGUCAGGCGGCGCAUGAUGAUGCAAGCGCUUCGCAGCGAUACCUUGUACAAAAACACUUGGGACUGCACGCGCCGAAUCGCCACAGAGGAAGGUAUAACGGCGUACUACAAGGGCUGUGCCAGCAACAUUGUACGUGGUGUAGGCGGAGCGAUUGUGCUUGUCCUCUACGAUGAAAUGAAGCGAUUCGUCGUCUCGUAA